AUGGCGAUCAAUAAGGACUAUGGCAGACGCCUUAUUAUCACAAUUGUGGAUGAAAUGGCUCGUGACGAGCCAGAGCAGGUUGUAUACUCGCUCGCAAUUUCGCAAGAUAUUUCCAAGGGACUCCGGGAUAUCAGCGCUCGUGACUUCGCAAACGCAGUGAACAGAACUGCCUGGUGGCUCGAGUCCGAACUGGGGAAGGAAUCGCAAUUUCCAACGGUUGGGUACUUUGGCCCUCGGAACGAUUUUCGAUACAUAUUGCUUAUUUUUGGUUGCAUCAAGGCGGGAUACAAGGCGCUUUUACCAUCUCCCCUCAACAGGAUUGAGGCUACUAUGGCUGUUUUGAAUGCGUCCAAAUGUGACAUAUGGGUUUCUCCAAAGGAGCAGCCGGAAAUGCUGCCUGAGCUCUUAUCCCACCGCUCAAUGAAAGUAAUCCAGAUUCCCGAAACUGAUGAACUCUUGAACCCGGAGCCGGUCCCAGACUAUCCAUAUAACAAAACUUUCCAGGAGGCUGCCAGCGACCCUUUUUGCGUGUUGCAUACCUCCGGAUCGACCGGCCUUCCCAAGCCCAUCGUUUGGAAGAAUUCCCUUCUCGCCACAUUAGAUGCCACACGCCUUUUGCCAGAAAGUGAUGGGCGCCCUCCUUGGACUGUCAUCUUCGAAGGAGGCGAUCGGUUCUACUCAGCAUUUCCCCUCUAUCAUGCCGCAGGAUUGAUCAUGAAUAUCUUGGUCAGGGCUUUUUAUCGUACAAGCAAUGUUAUUGGGCCUGUGGGUGUGCUCUCAACAAUCAACCUCAUUGAUUCCCUUAUCGACCACACGAACAUCAAAAUUUGGAGUAUCAUCCCUUCCAUAGUAGAUGACAUUGGCGAGACACCUGCUGUCUCUACCAAAUUCACAAGUGCAAAAAUCAUAAUCGCAUCUGGCGGCCCAGUUACCCACGCCAGCGCCAACAAAGCGACCAAAGAUGUUAGAAUAUGCAAUCUCACCGGUACUUCCGAGGGCCUUUUCCAAGGAAGUCUCCUCGUAGAACGCGAGGACUGGAUAUACUUUUCCUUCCACCCCUACGCCGGAUUUGACUUCAGAAAAAUCGAUGAGGGUAUCCAUGAGCACUGGGCGGUUCGCAACGAGGAGCGCGCGGCCCUUCACCAGGGAAUUUUCCAUACAUUCCCGGAUAGUAAGGAAUUGACCUUCAAGGACCUGUAUGCACCACAUCCCACAAAGCCAGAUUUGUGGAUUUAUAGAGGGAGAACGGACGAUAUGCUCGUCUUGUCAAAUGGAGAGAAGCUUCAUCCUGUGGCUAUGGAAGCAAUUAUCAAUAGCCAUCCAGCAGUCAGCGCUUGUCUUAUAGUUGGAACAGGCUACACAAUGACCUCUCUUCUUGUUGAAUUAGCAGUUCCCGAGCCAUCAUCCACAGAAGAGCGUGACGCAAUUUUGGAUAGCAUUAUGGAGAAAGUCCAUGCUGCAAACGCCGUUGGGUCUAAGCAGGCACGCCUAUUCCGGGAGUACAUUUGGUUUGCGAAGCCUGGCAAACCGUUCGUUCGAACCGACAAAAACACCGUCAAGCGCCGCGACACAGUUAUCUUUUACGAAAAAGAAAUCGAACAAUUUUAUAAGAGCAUAGAAGAAGACGGCAACCUUGCAACCAACAUCGACGUCACCUCCCUUGCCACAAUUUCUAAAAGCAUUCACGAUCUUCUCGUAGAUGCUUUACCUGAGGCCAAGGAAAUCGGUCUAGAUGUUGACCUUUUUUCUGUCGGUGUCGACUCCCUUCUGACUUUCAGUAUCUCCAACUCCCUUCGUUCGGCUGUCGGGAAGCACAAUGUCAGCAAAGAGAAGAAGCUAGCCGUAACCUCCAGAUUCGUGUAUAGUCAUCCUACCAUCAAUGCACUCGCAGAGGCACUAUACGAUCUGGUCCACAACAAGACGAGGGGUGCCGAGACUGCCAUCGAUUUACAGAGAAAGAGCGUGGACAGAUUCCGUGCUAAAUAUACUGCUGGCUUGCGGAAUGGCCACACUGUAAUUCUCACAGGAAGUACUGGUUCUCUUGGGUCUUACUUGCUUGAAUCGCUGCAUCAACAGCAGAGCGUGAAGAAAAUCUACUGUCUCAACCGGGCAGAAGAUGGAAAGGCAAAACAGACGGCCGCAAGUGAAUCCCGAGGACUAACUACGGAUUGGCCAUCACAGAGGGUCGAGUUUAUACAGGUCGACAUCUCCAAACCAAACUUUGGACUAGCGGCGGAGAUUUACAACACUCUCCUGGAGCAGACAACGCACAUUAUUCACAACCAAUGGCCCGUAAAUUACAAUUGGGAUAUCGCCUCUUUUGAGCCUCACGUCCGUGGGGUCCGACACAUGAUCGAUUUCUCGCGUAGUAGCAACCACAACGCAUCCCUGUUCUUCGUAUCUAGCGUCGCUACCGUUAGUCACUUGAGAACAGAUGGUGCCGUUCCCGAGAAAUCAAACUAUAUCCCAACCACGGAGCUUGACGGCUACGGUUCAGCGAAGCACGUGUCCGAGCUUAUCCUCGAUGAUGCUGUGGCGUUGUCCGGUGUGAAUGCCUCCGUCUGUCGGGUGGGACAGAUUGCCGGACCUGUGUUACGCGGAACAGAAAAAGGCAUGUGGGGGAAGCAUGAGUGGGUGCCAACGUUGAUUGCAAGUUCCAAGUACCUCGGCGUCCUGCCCUCAACGCUAGGAUCUCUGAGCCGGGUGGAUUGGAUCCCCGUGGACCUUCUCGCCGACAUCCUCGUCCAACUAGCUGGUGUAGCUACAGAUGGAAGCUCUUCGGCCGCUACACACACGUUGCCCGUGUACCAUACCGUUAAUCCCAAUGCCGUCAACUGGGCGAGCCUGGUCCCAACGGUAGCAAAGCACCUUGGCCCAUCUGUUAAUAUUGUGUCAUGGGCUGAGUGGAUGGGUGCUUUACGAAAUUCCAGAGGCAGCGCCACGACAGCAGUGAGCUUGAAGCAGAACCCGGCGCUGAAGUUGUUUGAUUUCUUCGAUUCGGUCGCAAAGGCGGCUGAGAAGGGUGAGGAAUGGCCUUCUUUCGAAACAAAGGAGACACUGAAGAAGAGUCCGAGAAUGGCCGAGGUCAAGGCAGUUUCCGAGGAAUGGAUGGAGUUGUGGUUGAAGCAGUGGAAGUUCUAG